AUGAAAAUAGAUUUUAGAGCCCAAAAUGACAUCACUACAAAGAUACCAUCUUUGAAAAAAAACACCUCCGAAAACACCACAAAAAGUAACAACACCUCUUCAAAUAACAAUGGUUCAAAGUUAGUGCAACAACAACAACCUAAACAAAGAGUAAAGAGAACAUCAAGAUCCGACGAACAAUUUAGACAAAUAUUUAUGAACACUGGUAUUAUAAGUAGUGCAUCUGGAUCAUCAUAUAUCGAAAUAGAACAAACAAAGAUUAUAUGUUCAGUUCACGGACCAAGAGCAACACAUAAAACAGAGUUAUUUGAAACAGCGAAGCUGAAUUGUGAGUUAAAGUAUGCGUCGUUUUCAACGCAUGACGCUCGUUCCGAUUAUGUAGAGAGUACAAAAGAAAAAGAUUAUAGUUUGAUUAUUACACAGGCAAUCAUUGGCGCCAUUCGUUUGGAGAAAUACCCAAAGGCUGCCAUCGAUAUAUAUAUACUGGUGUUGUGUGAUGCCGGAUCGGCAUUGGCAGCGUCGAUCGUUGCCGCUUCGAUGGCAUUGGCCGAUGCCGGUGUAGAGAUGUACGAUUUGGUUGCUGCGUGCUCGUCGAUGCCAUCACACAAUGAAAUUACUCAAUUAUUACAAACAGGUGAACUUUCUUAUACAAAUAUAGUUGAUGGAAUUGAUUUAUGUAUAGAUGGAUGUGAUAAAGUUUAUUCAAUAAUGAAACAGAAUCUAAUCGAUUCACUUAAGAGACAGUUGCUAAAGAAAGAACAGGAACAAGAGCAACUACAAGACAGUUAA